UGUUCCUGGCCAUAUAACUUUUUUCUGAUAAAUUGUCGAAUUUCGAUUAUAAAAACAAUUUUAGUGCAAAAUUCGUAUUUUUUCUCUAUUUUAUAAAUUCUCGGUCUCGGUCUCGGCCGAGAAUCCCAUUGAAUCUCGGUCUCGGUCUCGGCCGAGACAAAAAAAGCGUUCUCGGUCGGACCUUAAAUAUAAACUUGGUGAUUAAAUUAUGUACAUGUCGACGCUAGAUGAGAUUGAUGCCAAUCUUGAUUAAAUUGGUCGAUUUGAUAAUACCUCCACAGAAGUGCACUGGCACAGAAUAAAUAAUACUAACCUGGCCUUAAAGGGCCCUCCACACUCGUGCGCGAAGCGAGGCGUGAAGCCGCGAACGCGAGUGUGGUGGCCCUCGCGUCGAUUUCGCAGAUUGUUCACGAUAGUGAUUAUAUGCUCUUUGGUCGUGGCCUCCUAGUGAGUAUUAUAUUCUUUGGGUGGCCAUUUUAUAUUCCUCCCGCUGUGGGAGUUCGGCCAAAGAGUAAAGAAAGUAUAAUAGAAUUCCGCACACGAAGGGUUAUCCGAGACAGACCAAUAUAGUCGAGGAUAAAAAUGGGCAUUUACGCCUGAGUGACAAUAAUACACUCUGCUUUUCACUUUGAUUUCGAAAAAAAUAUCCAACAUUUUAGGCAUUUUUUCAAGACUAAAUAAAAUCGCACUCAAACCACUCCUCCGCACCUGUCAAGAGCGCGCCGGUAGGGAGCGCGUGGGCGGAGGCAGUUUGUAUAGCAUAUUUUGAACUUUAUAGCUAAGUCGUAGUCGUAGUCUUUAUAGGGUCGUAAUAGAUGAUUUUAUUCUAUGCUCUAGAACGUAAUAAAAAUUUUAUGUCGCUUAAACGGGACUAUUGUGUAUAUAUGUUGCCUAUCGAAUGCUAUAUCUAAAAUCGCAUGUGAUUUGUUGCAUUGCAUGGUCUGUAGAGGCGUUAAAACCUUAUUUCUUCAUGAUUUUGAAGAGAGUGAAAAAACAUACCUCAAAUACAACACGCUCUUGUUUGACAGAUAUGUUGACGACUGACGUUACUGUAAUCUUUGACCGGCGGCACAGCGAGGAAAUAAAAAUGCUUGAGCAUAAAUAACUCAUGCGGUGACCUACUCUAAAAAUAGAAAAAAUAGGGAGCUCUUUAGUGGGCAGCAUUUAUAGUUGAACUAUUUUCAUGUAAAAAACAGUCGUAAAAUUUUAUACAAUGAGUAAACAUAACCAACUACAAGAUAUGUUUUUGGAGUUCGACUGGAAAAAGAUGUUCACUUGGAACUACAUGAAGGGGCUAAUAGUGAAUCCGACGCAGCUUUGGUUCGUGGCCACACUGAUCAUCGCUACUGAAUUGGUCGUGAACGUUUUAGUGGUGGAGCGCGUACCCUACACCGAGAUUGACUGGAAAGCGUACAUGCAAGAAUGUGAGGGUUUCUUGAAUGGAACUUUUGACUACAGCCAACUCCGUGGUGACACCGGCCCCUUGGUAUACCCAGCAGGAUUUGUGUACAUUUAUUCAUUGCUUUAUUUCCUUACAAGUCAGGGUACAAACAUUAUUCUGGCCCAGUAUUUGUUUAUAGUUAUCUAUUUGUUGCAACUUGUGCUUGUUCUUCGAAUUUAUAUUAAAACUAAAAAGGUCCCGCCAUACGUCAUGGCAUUUACAAUUUUAACAUCUUAUAGGAUUCAUUCCAUUUAUGUACUGCGUCUUUUCAAUGAUCCAAUUGCUGUAUUGUUCCUUUAUGCUGCACUAAAUUUGUUUUUAGAAGACAAAUGGUUCUUGGGUAGUGUUUUCUACAGUUUAGGAGUUUCAGUAAAGAUGAAUAUACUACUAUAUGCUCCUGGAUUGUUCUUCUUCUACUUGAUAAAUUUAGGCUGGUUUAAAACCAUGCAACAACUAGCUGUUUGUGGAUUUAUCCAGUUGUUACUUGGUGCACCAUUCUUGUUCAGCAAUCCAGUAGCAUAUUUAAAAGGUAGCUUUGACAUUGGUAGAGUUUUUAACCACACUUGGACAGUUAACUACAGGUUUUUGGAUGUUGAUAUAUUUGAAAGCAAGUGCUUUCAUUUGACUUUAUUGGCAAUACAUGUUAUACUUCUUAUGAUAUUUUUGCCUUUGUGUACAAAAUAUUUUCAAACAUACUGUCGCUUAAAGUAUGUACAAAAACAAGUGCAACCUCAAAUUGAUUUAGAAAACAAAAUAAACCAGAGAAAAAGUAAAAUGAAAAAAGAACAAAAAGUUAAAGCCGGAUUGGAAGUUGAAAAAUUAACCAAGGAACAAGAAGAAUUUUUGAACUCAUUUGAGAAUAUGUUGCAGAAGUCUUCCCAAAAAAGUGGGAAGAAGACUCACAAAAAGCCUAUUGAUGUGAAAGAAUCAUCUAAAUACCACAUUAACUUUGAUAUCCUGUCUCAAAUGUUCAUACUUCCCAUGUUUUUAGUAAACUUCAUUGGCAUUGUGUGUGCACGGAGUCUUCAUUAUCAGUUUUACUCAUGGUACUUCCACAGCUUGCCAUAUUUGUUGUGGUCUACUCAUUUUUCAAUAAUUUCUAAGUUUUUGAUUUUGGCUCUUAUAGAGUUUUCAUGGAACACUUACCCAAGUACUGUUUUAUCUAGUAUGUUGCUUCAUUUUUGCCACUUGGGUAUAUUAUUUGGGGUAUAUAAAAAAAUUUCAGCUGAACUUACACUUGCUGCCAAAGUCCAAUAAAAUUAAAAAUUUAAUCUUAAGUAAAAAUAUUCUUUAUUGUAUACCACAAGAAAAACAUUAAAAUCAGAUUUGCAAUGUAAAUAUAGGUGGCAGUCUUAAUAUUUUAUUAUAUUAAUGUCGUUUUUAAAUAUAUUACUUUUACUUUUACCAUACAGUCAAGGUUAAUCAAAUUAUUUAUGUUAAAAAUGAUAAUGAAAAUAAAAAAACGCAGCUCACCAAUGUUGCGUAAAAAUGCUUUUAUUUCAUUCUGCAAAGGAAAUUAAUAAACUAUAAACCUUAUUGCAUACCAAGAAAGAUAUAUUAUAAUUGCUUUUUUAUGUUAAAAUUAAGUUAUCGUAACUAGAUUCUUUGUUGUGUAAGUCCUACACUAAUUUCUCAGUCAAUGAAACUUUGACAGGGGUGUAGUUGACCUCAAAAAUAUGUUUACACGUUGCACCUUACUCCUUUGUAAAUUGUAAAACCUAACAAGGUAAGGUACCCAACUGUCCGGUUCCGAUUUGAUUUACAUUUAUAUAUGUUAUAGAGUAGUCUAAAAUAACGGACACGUAUUUUUUUUAGCUGCCCAAACUCAACCUAUUGGAAGAAAUUGUCCUCCAAAGUACUAAAAAGUUACUAAAUCUUCUAACUCCUAUAGAAAGUGAUGCUAGUUAAACUCAACUUUUCCAAGGAAAAAAUGAGUUUUAGCCGAUAUAACAAAACACGUGCUCAUUAUUUUUUGCUGCUUUCAAACAUAUACUCAAACCAGCCAUUAACUAGCAAGUUGCUUGAGCAUCACUUUCUAUAGGAGUUUUUCUAGAUUUAGUAACUUUUUAGUACUUUGGAGGACAAUUUCUCCCAUUAGGUUGAGUUUGGGCAGCUAAAAAAAAAUACGUGUCCGUUAUUUUAGACUACUCUAUAACAUAUAUAAAUCAAAUCGGAACCGGACAGUUGGGUACCUUUCCUUGUAAGAUGAAUGUGAACAUAAUCUUUGACAUUGAUUGUACAUUUAAAUUAUAUUAUAUAUUGGUAUGAACCAGGUGUAAAUUAACAUUAAUUUCAAGUUUGUUAUAUAUGAUUUAUAAUUGUUAAAUACUUGCACAUAUAGCUGUAAGCCUAUAAUAAUAAUAAAUAAAAAUGUACAUUAAUUUCAA